UAACUUUCAAAUUGCCAAAAUUUCUUCUUGCAAAUAUUGCUUUUAUACAUAAAAUGAAGCUAUUUGCAAAAUUUUCAGCCAAAUCCGAUAGUAGCUCUGAUGGUAGAUGGUGGAAGAGAAUGUGACCUUAAAAUGGUAAAGGGACUACAUACCCUCGGAAGUUGGGACAAAAAUUUGCAUUGCAUAAUAGAUCAUUUUAUCUUAUACCUUCUCUAUGGUCCUAAGAAGUCAAAAAAUUACCGAUUUUUCUCAAAAAAAAUUAAUUUUCCAUUUCGUUAAUUACAAGAUUCAUUGCCAGAUGACGUUAGUGUGACUAUUCACAAAGCGCAUAUUAAAUUCAAAUUUAAAAAACCGCAUCAAAGUGAAGUUUCCACACUGGUUUUAAUUUAUCAGAUUAUUUAUUCUAGAAUAUUGUAAUUUGCUCUGCUAUUGCUAUACAAAUUAAAUAGGUACAACAUUUUAAUUACAAACGAAAACCUUGUCAAAAGAGGUAUUGGGUGUAUAUAAAAAAAGAAAUCUAUUAUAGCUUCUGUAAGAUUGAAACAAUGUUAUUUUGCUGUCCAACGGAAAUACUUGUAUCUAUUCUUAAUAACAAAUUUUCUCGAUUUAUUUUAUCUGAAAUUUGACGUAGGAAAGACGCAAAAGGGUACAAUGGUAAAAAUAGAGCAACAGCAUGGAAAUGCUGAGUCCCAGUCUGAAUCAGGGUUCUCGAUACGGUAUAAUCGAGACGAUUCGGUAGCUUUAUCACUCGAUAACAGGACAGUAUCCUUCCAUUUCCGUGCCCGCCUCUACCGUGUCUCGGGCAUCGAAUCGUGGCACGUACGCGGACAUAAAUCUGACAGUCGUAGAUAUCUAUGAACAAAAGUGGAGCCACUUACAUGCGCGUAAAGUAAAAUUUAUGGAAGGUGUGGGAAUAUAAAUGCGCGACGUAUCAUAAAUUUUAGUCUUGGACGUUUGAAGAGAGACAGAAACAGAGACGGAGAGAAAUAUGUGGAAAGAGAAGAAAAGGGAAGAAGUAAGGGGGAGAAGAGAAGCAGCACCCCUUUAGCUCGAAGGUACAAACGAUAUUGUUCGGGGCAUUCGCGGGUACCGGAUUCGUCCUCCUCGAAUUCUCAAGAGGAAACAACAAUUUAUUUUGUCGGGGGCCAUGGAAAUACCCGAAGGACCAGCCGCAAAUCACUGCCUGCACACGUUGCUUCACCGUGGUAUUUCACCGUCUCCUUUCCUGCUCUUCGCCCUCUAACUCGUUACAUUUCUCUCUUUCACCCUGUAUCCUCCGAUCUGUCUCUCCUUCGUCCCUUUUACUUCACUCGUUCACCAUUUUUCCCUUUUCCGCAGGCUCUUCGUUAUUUUGCAGACGGUGAAUCGAGAUCGGAUAUUGUUUCCGCUAUUAAUCGGCUCGUCAAGCUGCGAACUCGAGGGUACGCGGAAAAUGGCUCGUUUAAUAUUUCCUUCGACGGAUAUUGCAGCGAGCUGACGUCGACAAAGCUAUUAACCCUUCGUCGAAUAUCUAAAUUCGCUUCCAUAAACAGCAGGAAAUUUUCACGCGGAAGCCAAAUGGCGCAGCUACUUAUGAAUGAAAAAAAAAGAAAAAAGAAAAAAGAAAAAAGAAAAAAGAAAAGAAAGAAAGAAACGUUGAUCCGAGACGCGGAGCACGGAGGUCCGGUUAACGAAGUAGUCUCGGCUCCCUGGCAUGGCGACGCGUUCAAGCCAGCCAAAGGAAGGCGAUAUCGGCCAGGAUAUGCCCGGACAGGGUGCUUCUGCUGCGUACACAUCCUGUGUAUCCUAGCGAAGUUUCAGGAGGCUAACUUGACGAUGCAUCGAUCCCUCGUAUUAGAAGAUUGUUAGACUUGCAUCUCACCACUCCCUGAAAAUCGUAACGCUGAAAAUAAAGGAGCGGAAAUAGGUUCGAGACAGGAUCCGUACAAGCCGGGACGCGACCAUGCGUAAACGUCAUCCGAAGCUUGGCCCGAGGAGCGUGUUUAACUCCGCUCAACCGUGUAAUCGCAUUGACUCGAUGCACGUGCGAUGCAUUAUGAAUGUAAGGAGCCGAUAGCUCGACUCUGUGAAUCUUCCGAAUGGCAACGGACAUGCUUGGACGAGAAACACGCAAAUUUCCUCCAAUUCGACGAUUCUAGCGAUACACACUGCAUCCUGGAAGCGAAAUUACUUGCAUUGGAUGAUGUUUAUUAAUCUACCAUUGAGAGAGGAAACCUGGAGAACCUUAAAUUAGAAUUUUUUUUCAUUUACCAUAAGCAGAGAAAUUAUUCAAUAAUAGAACAGCACACGGAGGAAGUUUCAAUAACACGAACGGAUCAAAGAUGUGAAAAAUUUCAAUACUGGAUGGAAUGCUUUUAAUGAAAACUUCCAUAGUUUUGAUAAAAAAUGUAAACGCGUUUGAUCGCGCGUCAAAGAAGGAUGGAAAAUUCUGUUUUUAUAAAAAAUUUGAUAUUAACCGUGCGAGAUCCACCGAAAACGUUUCAUUGGACAAGGUUUUUUUUUUAUUCUUUCUCAUAGAAGAUAGGCACCGAUGAAGGUUGAUCGCUUAAAUUGGAGACACUGUGUACACGAGUUGCUGUAGCCAAUUUCGCUGAGGUUUAUCAGGUUUGAGUAAAAUUUCAUUUCAUGCACGCGAUAUGAAAUUCUGUGUACUACAAAGAAGUUUGAUGAGCAUCCACAUGAGUAAAGCUUAAUUUUCCACACACAGAAAUGGAAAACUUUGAAAAAUUUGCACGGAAUUUUCAAUAUUUCUUCUUUGAUACCGUGUGAUUAUUUGCUGUAACAAAUACAAGAAUGGAAAUUCUAACGAUCAGUUAAGUGAAUGGUUUACUUUUUGUUCGAUAAACAGUACAAUUGAAAAUAACAAGUUUUAAUUGCUUUUUCAGGUUGCUACGAUCGCGGGAAAUGAAAUUUCAUCAGUCGAUGGUUGAACAAGAUGUCGGAAGUGGUCGUGAUCGAGGGAAAUAGCGCUGUUCUGUGACGUUCCGCCACUUGAAGCAAAGUAAACAAUUUCCACGAGAGAAUUCCAAGUUGCACAUAGUGGAAAUAACGAGACCUCUCGAUUACUUUAAUUGCGUGCUUGAAAAGAAAAAAAAAACACCGACCCCGAACAACUACCAAACUUUGAACGAUUCUUCAUCAAAUCCUCGACUCGAGUGUAUCCAUUCAGCAUCAGAGUCGCAUCCCUGUUUUCCAACCCCCUGUAACACGGCCUCUUCAAUCGAUAUCAACUACAGUCAUCAAAAUUUUGCAUCAUUUUAUCGACGGUAUUCAUUAAACUUGUUGACUAUUAUUAAAGUAAUUAUAGAAAAUUCUCAAAAGCCUGAUUUCUAUCACAUCGUUACCGAUCUGUGUUCCAUGGAUUCAUCGACUUUACAACCCUUUAACCUGGUGCAAGACAAGAUCCUCGAUUCUGCAGGUGCACGGGUGCAGCUGCAUGUGGAUGUUGUAGAUUCAACUGCACGUGCAAUAGGGGUGCGUUAACGCUUGCGUUGAUGCACCGCCAGAGGCAUCCUCCAUCUACUUGUCAGCUUAACGAGUCACCCUUGGGUUACACUUCGCCGGGCUGCUUUCUCUUUUUUCCAUUACAAUUUGAUGAGAAGCAAUUACUCCAUCCCCCACCUUCUGCCGAGAGGAGUCGACGGAUAUCCUGUUUCAGAAACGCAGAUCAACCGGUUGGCCGCUGGAUUCGCGGGGUCAGAUUUCGUCGCAGCUUGAGAGAUCAUGGAGUGACUGGUCAACGGCUGAAUAAUGAGGCAGGCCAACAUGGACGUUGAGGCAGCGCUGCUGGAGAAUUCUCCGACACUGUCGACCAUCUCGUCAGAUUGCACUGACACCACGUAUUCGGGUCCUGGCUCACCUUAUUCCCCAGAAUCACCGAUCAUCGUCACGUCCUCGUACAAGAAGACAAAGGAUGACGAGGUGACGCCUAGACCGACACCCAGGCACCCAUUGCCGCCCAGGAAGCCCAACUUCCGGAUACGACCGCCCUACCUGAUGAUCUGCAUCAGUAUCAUAGAGAUAGCCGUUCACUGCCUGGGGGAUGAGUCGACCUUGCGCAGGUGGUUGGUCUACGAUCCCCGUCAAAGGGUGCAGGGAUGGAGGUUUGCCUCGUACAUGCUGCUGCACUCGAACGCACUCCACCUUGCACUGAACGUGGUCAUCCAGCUGGUGCUGGCCACUCCGCUCGAGGUGGAGCAGGGACGAAUCGGUGUGGCGACGAUUUACCUAGGGGGCGGUGUUUGCGGAGCCCUCGGAGCAUCCCUGUUGCAGCCAAGUUUGUUCCUGGUCGGCGCGUCCGCAGGCGUUUACGCGCUGCUUACCAGCCAUCUCGCGCAUCUUUACUUGUGUCACGGAGAGUUACGGUACGCCGGCUGGCGUCUGGGGGCUGUGCUGCUGUUGGCCAGCGCGGACGUCGCGUCCCUGCCAAUUCCAGCCCUCCUCGGAUGCGGACGCGUCGGAUGGGCUGCACACGUGGCCGGCGCUCUGGCAGGACCUCUUCUAGGUCUGGCCGUGUUCCCUAACCAAAGCAAGAAGGACGCCAGAGGACGGAGAUUCGUCAGGUUCGUGCGUCUUUUAUCAGCUGUCAGCGUGAUGCUGUUGGUGGUCGGCGCUAUACUCGGCAACAUCUACCUGAUCGCGCUACCCCAGCUGAGGAAGCCAUCCUGACAGAGGAUUGAACUGCUCGUCAAGCUCUGCAGACGAUCUUUCCUCAUCGUUAAGAUCAGGGAAGCUGCCGAGAGCGUUUUCGAGUAGAUCCUCGCGUUGGAACAUCGUCGAACUGGAUAUCUUUCUGACGCAGUUUCAGGAAAAUAUGAGGAGGAGAGGCUGCCUCUUGAGCAGAUGGAAUUGCGCGACAUUCUGGAGGGAAUGUGAGUCUGAAAGUUCAAAGGGACUGCUUCGGGUUUGUUCCAAUACAUAUUGAGUAGAAUGUUUUUUUGGGGGGGGGACUGUUAUGGUUUAGAUGGGUUGGAGAAAUGUGUUCAAUUGGAGACUGACGUUAGAUUCAGGAUUCCAAAGGGAAACGUGUUAAUGGGAUCAGUGUUUAUUCCAGGGAUGAUGAAAAUAGGAAAAUGUUAACCUCGUUGAGCGUAGGCUCUAUGAAUAGUGUGUUCAAUUGUUUGUUGAACAUAGGAAAAACAUUAAUAACUCUGAAUUGCUCAGUUAAACAACACUUCUGUUGUUGUACUACUGACGUAAGGUAUCGAACAAGAGAUUCGACAAUGUUUGCUUGAUGCAAAAAUCUUCUUCGUCACUUGAACGUCAUAAAGCUGCAUUAGUGUUCGACUUUGAACAAAUUUUCUUGGACUCUGUCGAGAAUUUGAAGAUCCUCUCUGCGAUAUCGUACAGAGAGGUUCUAGAGGAUCCCGUCAAUCGAUGGGAGGAACCAGAAGAAUUUUCGAGGAAAUUUUCGUCGACCAUGGGUCUCUAAUCGCGAGAUUAGAAGAUCGUAUCUUGACGAAGGUUUCUCCAAGGCAGAACGGAUCGUCGGUUUCAAGGAUAAACGAACACUUGAGCAUCAUACAGAUCGCUUGACUUCUCGGUGUAAUUGACCGUUUGAAAGUUAAGACGGUUCGAGGAUCAGAGGAUCGACCUAGCGUAUUUGAGUGUACAAGAAAUCAAGGAAUUAGACCGUAAUGAGUUGGUUUUUCCUGUUACUUCAAAUAAAUUACUCCAUGGAAUUAAUUAAGGAGAAGCUGAAUCAACUCCACGGUCUUCGAAUAAUGAAUUGAACUAAUCACGAGUUUGAAAAUGAUGACUUUCACGUUGAAUGUUCUAAUCGUGAGUUUGAGAACCAUGUUCAUUGAGUAAUCACUAAACUCAUGAUGAACGUUGAUCGUCAAUACGACGACGAUGAGUGUACAAUCGAUUAGAAGUAAGUAAGAAUCAGUUGAUCGAUAAUGUAUUGAUAGGUUAUUGUUGCAGGCUGCGUGCAGAAGUGUGGACGAGAGAGGUGACAUGGUUUGUAUGUUUUUUUUUUUUUUUCAAUUUAUAUUAAUCUGUAUAUUUUAGGCUUGGUGAAGUACUUCCAUUAUUAACUAAAAUGUAUUACAAAGAAUUUUGGUUAAUAACAGAAACAUUAAAACUUGAUUUAUUCAUAACUACGUCUGCACGCAGCUUUAGGCACGUUAAUUAAUAAGGGUGUUUCGAUGAAUUCUUCGAUAUUAAUUACUGAUAAAAAAAAUCUAGGAGUAAGUUCGAUAUCUAAGUGGUUGCGAAGAAAUCCAUUGGAAAAACGGCGUCCUCUUGAAAUUUUCCCUGACGAAACCCGAGGAAAUUGCGUGGCUUGAGAGAUCCAGCUCUCGAUUUCUCGAUUCAUCGUUCGCAUUUCCUUUUCCCGAAACGAUUGUACGCCGCGAUGCAUUUUCCACGUUAAAGUGGAUGGUCGUCGAGUCAAAAACCUCGUUGUCGAAGACGUCGACGCUUCUCGAAUCGACCUGAUUUCGCUUUGAAAAAUUAUACGACUCUUCGCUCUUCUCUGUUCGAUUCGUGAUUUUAUUUUUUCCAUCGUUCCUCGUUUCUUUCUCCACCAUUUUACAUUUCUAUAUUUUACCAUCAUAUUUAAUUUUUAAUACGUUUUUGCAUCUAUACAUAUUUUUGUCUUACAGUCAGAUUUUAAAGUUUUUUAUUACUUUAAAUGAUGGAUAAGAAUUUAAAAAUCAUCUCUUACAUUUUCACCGAGAAGGUUGAGAAAGAUUCAAUUAUUCUUUCUUAUUUACACUCAUUGAAAUUUUUUAACUCUCUUUACAUUGAUCUUCAAAUCACUGCCAAAAUUCAAUUAAUUAGAGUGCACAGGGCUGUCCAAGCUCCUGAAUUUUUUAAUUAAAGCUGCCCAUAAUCGACCAACGAUUACACUUUAUUCAAUGAGAAAGAUGAAGUAAAAUGGAAUUUAACGGAGGCAAAUGCACGAAAGAAAUUCCUUAAAGUUGGAGUCAAGUAUACCACUUGAAUUGUUCACGUGUACGAGACUGGAAUUCUUAUCGAAACCUUAGUACCUUUAUGACGCUCUAAUCGUACAUAUUUUCCCUUAGAAACUCUCCCAAACCCGUUCCAUUUGCAACGUCGCACCCUUAGCUUCAUACUAAAAGUGUCUUUUAUCGGCUCGCCCUGAACACGAUUGAUUAAUCCAUCGUCGAUUGCACACGAAUUAGUUAAUUGAAAGAGAUAUUUAGUAAAAAAUGUAUAAGAAAGAUUUAGAGUAGAUGAAUUCUUUGAUUAGUAACGUCUUGAUAGAUAGGAGUAAAUUUAAUUGGUGCUUUAGUGCAUUCAAUCUAAUGCAAUUAAUUAUUAUUGUAAUUAAAGGAAUUGUUGAAUAAAACAUUGUUGAUUUCCGUGCAAUCGAAAGAAACAAGGAUGUUAAUUGUUUAGGGUGGAAAAAUGCCAUUAGGACACUGAAUUUAUUGGAUUCCUCUCAAAACACUCGAACAUUGUAGAUUUUCGAAAGUUCCAAAAUUGCAAAAAACGUAUGUAAUUGUUAAGAAAUGUUUCAUCUUCUUUUGUUAGAAAUUUAUUAAUGUUUCCAGGCACGUUUCGUAGCGGAAACUAUAAGUUGGAAGUUUUGAAAAUCGAUUGAAUAUAAAAUUAGAAAUAAGGAAUCCAAGUUUUCCAGGUAAUCGGAGAAUUUUUGUCACUGUUUCGAACAAAAUCUCUCCUGUAACCUGACUUAGGGUCGAAAUAGUAUCAUUAAUUGCAUCGCGACGAGGCAUUAACGAUACUGACAAAAGAAUACAUUUAUAAUUAUACAAUGUAGAAUGUAUUUCGAUAGUGGUAUAGUAGAGCCGAUUCAUGCUCGAAUUGUUCAGAAAACCUCUUGAAAUAUCGUUCAAAUUUUUCAAGAAUAUCCCUUCGAAAAGGGAGGAAAUGAAAUAAUUUCAAUUCUUCUAGUCUGUUUUCAAGGGUAAUUUACGGAUAAUUCGAGCAAAGAAGGAUGUGUUCUUCCCCAUGGCAAAUUAGUCGAUCAUUGUACCUACUUGUUUACCGGUUAUUAUACAUAUAUACUUACUGAGGCGAACUGGCUGUGAUUAUGUUAGUCGACACGAUUGAUAGUAACGAUAAUACGAUAUAUCUGUAAAUAUAACUAUUGGGAUAUAAAUGCGAUUAUAUACGCUGUGAUUCGGUCACGGGCAUAUUUAACGGGGGGUUAAAAUCACCCCUUUCCCCAUUGUGUAUCGAAACAAUCGAUUGCCUGCAAUAAAGUCGAUAUCGUACCGCGGUUCCCGUAAUCCUCUUAA